AGUAGCCAUUUCCAGUUAUUUAAACGCUUCCAUUUCAGCCAAGUCUACCACGAUCUCCUUCGUUCUGAAGAGGAAUUUGUCGCUGAACUUCGCUCUUGCGUCGAUCAUUACAUUCGUAUACUCGAUGAUAUUCAAAUACCACCAGCUAUCGCCAAAGAAAAACAGAAACUUGCUCUCAAUCUCACAGAAUUAUACAAUUUCCAUGCAAAUGUCAUGCUCAAGGGACUCAAUUAUUACUCAGACGAUCCAGGAAAGGUCGGCCAAACGUUUAUCCGUUUGGAACGAGAUUUCGACCACCACGUACAGUUCUUCAAAGACCUUCCAGCGACAUUAGAACUUCUCGAACAACAGCCAUUCAAAGACUUCUUCCAGGUACUGUAUUCUAUUAUUACUACACUAUUCGCUACUACUGUAUUCUGCUGA